AAACGUGUUUUCCUCCUUCUCUUCCAGGAAAAACUUAACCAGGUAGUUAAUCUCUAGAUACAUACAGGUUAUUAUUAGAUUUAGAUGAUUAUUCGAAACGUUUAAAACAUUUUUACGUUUCAGACUGGGAAUGGAAACACUUCUUAAAGUCUUAUUCGGUGAUACAACAAUGGAAAUGUUAUUUUAGACAUUUACUCAGAUAUUGCAAGAGGAAAACCUUUCACUUGGUUCACUUACUGCACAAGAUUGAAUUAUAAUCCAUAUGUUAAUUCCUCGACAAAACGGUAUGGAUUAUACCAAAUUCCUGUAUACUUUGGCAUUUGGGUUAUUUCUUCUUCUAGCUCACUGUGCUAUACAAUCGUUGUUGGAAUCAUUCUUUACUUACCAGUACUACUCUUACUCUAUUGCUGUUGAGUCAACCGACAAACCGGGUGCAAGUCACAAGGGUGUAAUCCAUAUUAAACUUGUCGGAGAUGAUGGCGAUACUGGCAAGGAGGUUGAGUUAGUCGCUGAUGCAUUUCCAGAAAAGUUUAAAAGAGGCUAUGGGCAUAUUUUUAAAGUAGAAAAUCAGUCGUUUAAGAAUAUCAUUGGCAUAUAUGUGCGUGGAGGCCAUUGUGUUGGUGAGACCGGUUGGAAAAUCGACAGAUUUACAAUUACAAACGGGAUUACUGGCGAGGAAACGAUUAUUCCAGUUUUUACUAACAUCAGAGCCGGUCGCACUUAUAGAUUAAUAGCUGAUGACGACGUUUUACCUCAAUCAGCGUCAAGUUCUCAAAAAGAAGACAGAAUGCUUGACCUUCAACAUCAGAGGGAACUUUAUGAGCUGACUGACGAACGACUUCCGGGAUGUCCACCAUUAGUAAAACAAUUACCUCCAGAGGAAAAAUUUUCCUUCGAUUACAAGUUCGAACCAGUGACAAUGGCAAUGAUAAUAACAUUUCAUGCUAAGUUUGAGGUACUCUUUACUGGCGGAUUUCAUGAGGUUAAGGAUAUAUAUAAGGUUUUCCAUCGGGUUCCAAAUGUGUUCCCAAAACCAUCAAAUUUAAAUAGAUGGCAAGAUGACGUGCUGUUCGGUAUGCAGCGUCUAAUAGGAGUAAACCCUAAUGUGAUACGUCUUUGUACAGAGAUUCCAGAAAAACUUGCUGUCGAUGAUCACAUGUUGAAGCCUUUCCUAGAAAAUAUGUCACUGUCACAAGCUCUACAAAAGAAAAGAAUUUUUGUUAUUGAUUAUGAGAUACUUGAACAUUUACAUCCUCAAGAAGGAUACGUUAUGACCUCCCCAAUAGCAUUAUUCUAUCAGCGUUAUGAUGGUAGUCUAGUUCCUGUUGCCAUUCAGCUCUUUCAAAAGCCUGGUGCUGACAAUCCUGUUUUUCUACCAAGCGAUCCUGUGAAUACGUGGAUUUUGGCAAAGAUGUGGUUUAACGUAGCCGAUGCAAAUUACCAUCAAUCCGUUACCCACCUUGGUUUCACUCAUUUAAAGAUGGAAGGUAUCGUCGUCUGUACCCAUAGACAAAUACACAAGAGUCACCCAAUCUACAAACUGCUUAUGCCACACUUUCUUUACCUUUUGGCUAUUAACCAUGUCGGCAUUCCACAACUCUUGGAUCAAAACGGCUACGUAGACAAAGUCCUAACCUUAGGUUCAGAUGGCAUGAAAGAGUUAAUCAAACACAAAAACAUGAACUGGCGAAUGGAUGUAGACGGAGACCUUCUGUCUGACCUGAAAACACGAGGAGUUUAUGAUCCAGAUAAUCCAAAGUUGCUGCCGCAUUAUUACUACCGUGACGACGCUAUAAAACUGUAUGAAUGUAUUUAUUCAUAUGUAAGAAAGUACCUUAACCUAUAUUACAAGUCGGAUGCUGAUGUCAAGGAAGACUAUGAGCUUCAAAAUUGGAGGAAAGAACUCGUAACACCGAUAGAAGAGAAAGGCCUUGGCAUUCUAGGUGUUUAUGGUGUAGAUGAUAAGUUCACCACCAAACAACAGGUAAUUCGCACUCUUACAAAUAUAAUCUUUACAUGCAGUGUCCAGCAUGCGGCCGUUAACUUUCUUCAGUACGAGGAAUACGCAUUUCCACCAAACUACCCGGGUAGCCUCCGAGGACUUCCGCCAAAUAAUAAAGGACAUAUAGACGAAGUACAGCUGUUAAAAAGUCUUCCAGACGAAGAAUCAAUGUACAAAACUAUGAUCAUCACAAGCGUAUUAAGUACACAUGGAACGCAUAAGCUAGGUGAUUUUGAGGUGGAAUAUAUCACCGAUCAAAAAGCGCUCAAGAUAGUUGCUGAAUUUCGGUCAGAUCUGAAGAUGAUAGCAGAGGUAAAUGUCAGACGCAAUAAAGAGAGGCAUCAUGAGAAAUAUACCAGUUUAAAUCCAAGUGUUGUACCAAACUCUAUAAGCAUAUAGAUUAUUCUGAUUUUGCAUGAAAUUACUGUGUGGAUAUGCGUGACGUUUGUGUAUAUUUAAGACAUAGAAGUAUUUUGGUUUGGUUUAUGUUCAGAAUUACUAUAAACAUUUCAAACAUAUACUGGAUCUAAUUAAACGUUUUGAGAAGACUAUAUCUUUAUCAGAUGUGAGCAUUUUCCACUGAGAUAUGUAAAUGUAUAUACUUUCUUAUCCUGUAAUUAAUCAGAUUUCCAUUAAUGGUUGUUAAUCCCAUUUUAGCAAUAUUUUAUUACAUUUUGUUGCUCUCUGUUAUUUCUGUAUUAAGGAGCAAAAUCCGUUACAAUAGUAUUAGAUCCAUAUUACAAAUACAUUUUUAUUGACUUUUUUCAUAAAAUUUUGUAAUUACUCCCUAUAAUAUGAAAUUAUUAAAAAUGAGUGUAUUGCUAACGCUUUUUACAUUUGCAUUUGAUAAAUAUUGAAAUUUUACAAUUACCUAAAAAAGAUAAGUUUUAAAGCUGUCUAGCUUCUGAAUUCAUUUAUUUUUACCAAGACAGGCAAGGGGAGGUAAUAAAAAUGUUUCAAAUU